AUGUUGGAGAUGAGGAGUUCGGACGUUGAAGCGUCAGGGAGUUCCACUGGGAUCGGUGGCGAUAAAGGAUCGGAAGGUAGGAUUUCUCCUGAAUUGGUGCCAAUUGUGACACUUUUGUCAGCUCAGGCCCAUCGUCGUUACCAAGAAGGUGUAUUUCUGGUAUUAAAGGACUUGAAUAGUGAUGGUACGGCGGCAGAACGUAUUUGGCGAGAAGUUUACGGGGUUUUAAUUGGUACACAGUUGGCUCUGUGGGAUGCAAAGCAACUCGCUAUACAUGGGUACGAUCCCGAAAAGUUAACUAAAGCGGCUUCUAAGCCCAUGUAUAUCAAUUUUACCGAUUCUUCUUUCAAAGCAUUAGUAAAUGAUGAUAAAGUUGGUGCGGGGGGGAAGCGAAAGUUGCCAAAUACAAUUACUGUUUCGACAACUUUGAAGAAUCGGUACUUUUUGCAGUUUAACAAUAAGGAAUCUUUUGAGCGGUGGUUUGCAGCCUUGCGGUUAUCUUCAUACGAAUUUACUGCGUUGCAGGAGGCUUAUACAGGAGCAUUGUUGUCUACAAGAGGAGCAUUAUUGAGCGAUAUCGGAGUUAUCCUUGCCGAUACGAAGUUUGGUUACGAAGAAUGGGUUAAUGUCCGAUUUGGCGCAGGUAUGCGUUGGAAGAGAUGUUAUGCUGUAAUAAUUCAACCAAAGAAGGGAAAAGUGACAUCGGAGUAUGGUCAAAUAAACUUCUACGAAUCGGACAAAAAGUACAAGAAAGCGGUGCCCAUGGCCACUGUGACUUCCGCACGAGCAGCUUACGCUAUCUAUCCAUCAUCGCCUAUGAUGAUUGAUUCUUCUACUAUGAUAAAAGUGGAGGGUACAGUCUCAUUUCCCGAUGGUAAUGGUGUAAAAGAUACAGAUAUCUUUUUGAUGCCCGAGAUCCACUCGGCAGUUCCAGGUUAUGACACCAUAAUAAGAUUUUUGAUACCUACAAUGAAUGUCUUCCGUUUAUACGGAAGACCGAAGUCACUGAACGCUAAUAGAGUUGAUCCUAAGUCGUUAUUAUACAGCUUACCAACCUUGCCGCAUUUGCAUUAUUUACAGGUUGAAGAUUUGCAACCUUUGAUUAACAACCCCACCUGUUUUAACUGGAACGCACAAAGCUGGAGGGAUCAGAUAAAGGUCCUUCUUAAGACUAAGUUGGAUAGAGGUUAUACAGGUUGUGGGUCGAACGAUGGCUUAAAGGGCGCUUUGUCAUCUCCUGCAUUGGUUCCUGUCGCCAAAGAAGACUCUAAGGUUAAGUCUCCUAGAUUUGUUCCAUCUGCGGUGUUUUUACCUCCCGAAACUACUCCUAAUGGCAAUAGGGUUUCAACGAUUAUAUACCCUAAUAUCUCAAACCAAAGCCAGAGUGCACCUAGUGUUGCGGAAUCUGAAGAGCUCCUUAGCAAAAAACAAGAUAUUCCAUAUUUGGACGUGAUAAGCAAUUCUCCACAAGAUCGCAGUGAGGAUGGUUUCUCGGAAAAUUCCGAUAUGUUCGGUGACCCACCCUAUCCAAUGGAUAAUGUUGAUCGAAGAUUACAAAAUUUACUCCCAUACAGUGCUACUGAACCGAAUCCAAAGCAUGAUAAUUUUGUCCGGUUAACGGGUGGAACUGAGCAACCUCCAAUUCUCCCACCAUUGCCAAUGGUAAAUAAAAACCAAAGCGAAUCUAGCUAUGAAUUAACUUAUCCAGAGCUCGGCAGAUCUCGGGCUGAUCUUGACAAAUUAUACGACAGCUUCUCUCAAACUCCUUUUGGUAGUGAAGUCGCUGUGAGAAGAGCUUCAUUAGCUCCUCCUCGGAACUCAGACUCCAUUCUCUUCCGAGACUCAUUUUAUGUUACAGAGGAGUCAUAUGAUGCGUUCCGGUCUUCCUCUCAAAAAUUUAGUGAAGAUCCCUCUGCGACGGCUAAACCUAGCCCAGAUGAUACCACCCAUAAUUUUAUUUCUGAAGAUAGGAAAAGCCAUAAUGCUCCAAAUGAAGAACAAUUUACAGAUACGAUUGCUAAUGGGGGUAUGAUGGAUGAUAUUUAUGGCCUUUCCCAAGGUUUAAAGAAAAUGACACUCGAAGACAUGGCCACAGCUAAAAAUCGCCGGGAAAACGCAGAGAGUGGGUUAAGCAAUAAUUUCAUUGCCUCGAAAAAUUACGAAGCUAAUAUAUUCGAUCCAGACUACGUGGAAGAGCAAAACAUCAUGUUACAAUCGGAGAGCAAUUACAGUGCGGGCGGUUCAAUAUAUUCGGGCCAGGAUCAGAGCCAUUAUGCAUCAGAGGAAAGCGCCAGCCGUACCCUUGAUUUUAACAGUGCUGAUAUAUAUGGAGAAAGCUCACAGAAUAGAGAGGUGCAUAGAUCCCCUAGAUCUUUUGAUAGCCCAACUAAACUGUCACCUGGCAGCGGGUUGGCUGAAAUAUCACCGACAUUUAGCAGCUUAAAGCAGAACUUGGGCCUCCCACGUAAUGCUUAUAUGAAUCAGAAAUCAUUCGGUUUAAGAAAUUACCAGCAACCCUCAUUUUCACAACAACCAGUUAUACCCGAAGCUCCACCAAAACCAUAUCAUCGCCCAGCUCCUCCUAAUAGCGCAAUUUCCUCGCAAAUGUCACGCGUAUCAAAUAUGAGCUCACCUCAACCUUCAACAACAAGAAACUGGGCUGGUGGCAGCCCAAUGUCGAAUUGCAGCUCCCCUCAAAUGCAGUCUUGGCAGCCUUCAAUGUUUCCAGCGUCACAGCCUCCAAGCUCACCAUCUGGAACGCAAAAUGCCAUUAGACAAUGA